GGGGGCACCCAAACACACCUGAAAAUAUACGAGCUAAACAAACACGCAUUUUGUUACUUCACGAAUAUGGUCAUUUAAAUUGACAUUUGGUAUUCUCCCACGCCAAAUAGGGAAAUAGGCUACUUGUGUUGAGUUGUCCUUAGCAGAUUUAUUUUCAACAGGGGGAACUGUUGUACGUAUCUAUGACACUAUAAUAUACGACUAUAAGGAUGUCGAAGAGGGCGAAGGAAUAUGUUAUAGCAUGCACGUAGCCUACUUUUUGAAACAGCCUAUAGCCUAAUUCAAGACAAAUGUAGCGCGUCAUUUAACCGAACGCUCGUGGAAUGUUUCGGAAAAACCGAGGAAGGUGUACGGAACUGCUUCUCCAUGCGCUUCAAUACAAUAGAUUGUCUCGACGGUUCCGAGAAGCAAGCCUAUUAUUAAGUUUAAAUGCCUCUCUGCUGUAGUGCAUGUCCUGACAUGCUAAGAAACCGAGGGGAGGAGGAAAGGAGGACGAGAAAAACCGGAGAGCAGCUGAGAGGGAGGGAGGGAGGGAGUGUGAAAGAGGAGGGAAUUCCAUUUGGACAGAACGGAGGCACUGUGAGAAGGAAGAAACUUAAAGACAAACUGGAAGAGAGACACAAGCAAGAAUCACUUAGAGUCUUGGGAUGCAGGGAGUAAGGAGAGAGAUAAAACAAGCUCUUUAAUAUCUGUACGGGAAAGCGAAACAUUCUCCCUCUAAUCCCCCUCUCUCUCUCUCUCUCUCUCUCUCUCUCUCUCUCUCUCUCUCUCUCUCUCUCUCUCUCUCUCUCUCUCUCUCUCUCUCUCUCUCUCUCUCUCUCUCUCUCUCUCUCUCUCUCUCUCUCUCUCUCUCUCUCUCUCUCUCCUUCUCAGGCUGAGUGGUGUCGGCAGUGUGUAUGAGUCAGUAGGCGUGUGGCAGCUCAACUCGUGGACCUGCUCUUUUGUUGGGUAUGUCUAACCCGAGGACAAGGUCAAGAUGACAGAGGCACUCUAGCUGACUGGAAGCACCUGUGUGAGAAGAGAGACGAGCCUCCGUAACCUCUCACCCUCGGACUAACCCCUGACCCCGAGGCUCUGAUUGGACACCUGGAGAAACACCAACUCUAAGAGGAGCUCGACUCAGCAGUUCCCAGGCUUCCACGAUCAAGGAGAGCACACUCUCGUCUCCAGGGCUGCGGGUCGUCCGAAGUCGUAAAAAAACACAAAACGUCGGAUCGGAAGACGGAAGCGGUGGGGCGGAGCAUGGGCAGCGGCGCCCCGGGCGCUGGCGUGUUGUCGUGUCCCAGCGGUCGCUGAGCGAGGUGCCCGAUGAGUGGUGGCGGCAGCACCAGCCUGCUCCUGGGGCGGCGCUUCUACUGCAGGGAAUGGGCCCUAGACAAGCUCCGGCACUGCCUGGAGAGCCGCUCGGCCCCGGGCCGGCCCCCGGGGGUCCUGGUCACCGGGGGCCCCGGAGCUGGGAAGACGGCCCUGUGCACCGAGGUUGUGUGGCCCACCUCGGAGGCGGGUCGCGGGGCCGGGCUGGCGGGUCGCUGCUUGGCCUCCCACUUCUGCCAGUGGGAGGACCAGCAGAGCGUGGCGUUGUGGAGGUUCGUCCUGGGGCUAGUGGAGCAGCUCCGGGCCUCGCCGCUCCUCCCUCCGGCCUUCAGGGACGCCCUGGGGCACCCCGGCCUGGCUUCGGCUCUGGAGCCCCUGCACUGCCAGAGGGACCCCGACGACACCUUUAAAAGGGCGGUGCUGGGGCCCCUGCUGGACCUCCCUCCUCCGGCCCAGACCGUGUUCGUGGUGGUGGACGCCCUGGACUGUGGUUGCGGGGACGGGGCCGUCAGUGUGGAGGCUCCUGGGAAGGUGGGCUCUGUGGCGGAGCUCCUGGCCUCCUAUCAGCACCUCCUCCCCAGCUGGCUGCUGCUGGUGUGUUCUGUACGGCGCCAGAACAAAGCCGUCUGCAAGAUGUUCUCAGGUUUUCGCAAGCUGUGCCUGGACGACCUCCGCAAGCCUCCCCCUGUCCGCGACGUCCAGCAGUACAUCCUGCGGCGGCUGGACCGGGAGGGCUCCCUGCGACGCCAGCUCACCCCGGAGACGGCCGACAUGCUCAACCUGCUGCACAUCAAGAGCGGCGGCUGCUUCCUGUUUCUGGAGCGCGUCCUGGACGGCGUGGCGGCAGCCCUGGUGGGCCUCAGGGAGAUCCGGGACAUCCCGGGGACCCUCAACGGGCUUUACCUCUGGCUGUGCCAGAGGCUGUUCCCUCGGGGGCUGUUCCUCCAGGUGCGCCCCCUCCUCAACGUCAUGCUGGCCUCCGCGCGCCCCGUCACCCCCCAGCAGCUCUUCACGGCAGUCUGGAGCCAGGACACCUCCCUCACCGUUCAGGACUUCAACAGGAAGCUCCAGACCCUCUCCACGCUCCUCAUCGACGGCCCAGGGGGAAGUAAGCUGCUGUUCCACGCCAGCUUCGCACAGUGGCUGACGGACGUCAAGUACUGUACUCAGAAAUACUUGUGUAGUGUAGCAGAGGGUCACACCAUGCUGGCCAUGGCUCUCACUCUGAGGAGCCGGUCCCUGAACACCGAGGACACCUGCCAGCUAGGAACUCACCUCAUCAACUCAGGAAUGCAUAAGGACAACACUUGUCUCUUGGCUUUGUGGAUGCUGUGGACAGGAGUGCCCCCUCUCGCCCCGAACGGUAUCCCGGGGCAACACCCUAUUUCCCCCAGGCUCGGCAUCCCCUCCCCUGCCGCCGUACCCCCCGUCCUGGUCCGACAGGACGUCCUCCAGCUGCUGAUGAAAAGCGGGGUGUUUCCUCCUUCGUGUCCCCCGGACGGAAGCCCCAGUGUGGGCAUACACUGCGCGGGGGGAGGGAGUACCAUCGUGCGAAGGGCUCUGGAGAGGCAGGACUCUGUGAGGGUUUUGCUGGACAGCGGGGUCAGUGCCAACAGGACCGAUCCACUGGACGGAAGGACGCUCCUAGCCAGCGCGGCGCACGCCGGCUCGGCAGACGUGGUCCGCCUGCUGCUGUCCAGGGGGGCGGACCCGUUGAUUAGUGACCACCAGGGGCAGACGCCCCUGACCCUGGCUGCCCGGCAGGGCCACGUCCAGGCCCUGACGGUCGUCCUGGACUGGGCCCGGGACCAGGACCUGAAGACCUCGAUCAGGGUGCUGGAGCACGCGGACAGCGAGGGUUGGACGGCGUUGCGCUCGGCGGCGUGGGGCGGGCACGCCGAGGCGGUGCACCUCCUGCUGGACGCCGGGGCCAACGUGGACGGGUGUGACGUGGAGGGCCGCACCGCGCUGAGGGCGGCGGCGUGGGGAGGCCACGAGGAGAUCCUGCUGACGCUGCUGGAUUACGGGGCGCAGGUGGACGUGGCGGACCGCGAGGGCCGCACGCCGCUGAUCGCGGCCGCCUACAUGGGUCAACGGGAGGCGGUGGAGAUCCUGCUGGACCACGGGGCGGACGUACGCCUGGCGGACGAUGACGGCCGCACAGCCCUGUCGGUGGCUGCUCUCUGCGUGCCCACGGCCGCCGGGGUCAAAGGUUACGGGGAGGUGGCGAGCUUGCUGUUGGAGCGUGGGGCCAACCCGGGCCACAGGGACCGCGACAGCAUGACUCCUCUUCUGCUGGCGGCCUACGAGGGCCACGAGGAGGUGGUGGAGCUGCUCCUGGAGGCGGGGGCGGACGUGGACGAGAGCGCCGGACCCCACGCCGCAGCCGUGACCCCGCUGCUAGCCGCCGCCGCCAUGGGUCACGCCGCCACCGUGGGGCGUAUCCUGUUCUGGGGGGCGGCCGUGGACGGGAUCGACGGGGAGGGCCGGACGGCUCUCAGCCUUGCGGCAGCGCGCGGGAGCCUGGAGGUGGUGUGCGCCCUGCUGGAUCGAGGGCUGGACGAAAACCACAAAGACGAUAUGGGCUGGACGCCGCUGCACGCUGCGGCCUGUGAGGGCCACCGGGCGGCAUGCGCCGCUCUGACGGAGCGGGGCAGCACGGCGAGGGUGGGCGAGAUGGACAUGGAGGGCCGCACGCCGCUCAUCCUGGCGGCGCAGGAGGGCCACUGCGGCACGGCCAGGCUCCUCCUGGACCGACGCUCACCCAUCGACCACCGGGCGUACGACGGACACUCCGCCCUGAGCGCGGCGGCUCUGGAGGGCCACGCGGAGGUGGCGGAGCUGCUGAUGAGGCGGGGCACCGACACGGACGUGCGAGACGCAGAAGGACGUCCCCUCCUCUACCUGCUGGUGUUGGAGAACCGUCUGGACAUGGCGGCCCUGCUCAUGGAGAAAGGCGGGGUUCCCCUGGAGUCCCGGGACGCCGAGGGCCGCACGGCUCUGCACGCCGCUUCCUGGCAGGGCGAUGUGGACGCCGUGGGGCUGCUUCUGAGGCGCGGGGCCGACCCCAAUGCCCAGGACACGGAGGGGCGGACCCCCCUGCACUCGGUCGCCUGGAGGGGGCAUGCGGAGGUGGGCCGACUGCUCCUGGAGACCCGUGGGACCGACGUUGAUCUGGCCUGCCGGCGCCAAGCCGCGACCGCGCUGUCGAUCGCGGCGCAGGAAGGCCAUGCCAACAUCGUCGCCAUGCUGCUGGAGCGCGGGGCCAACCCGGACCACGUCGACAAUUACGGACGCAGUCCCGUCAAAGUGGCAGGGAAGCGGGGUCAUUUCACCAUCGUACGGCUGCUGGAGAGUUACGGCGCCAAGCCAUUCCCGGGCCUCCUGCCGUCGCCGCAGCGGCCCGCCGCAAAGACCCGGCCCUCGGCCGGAUCGGGGAGCAACGGAGGCGACCCGGGCAUGGCAGCGCCCGCGCAGAACGGAGGCCGAGCGGGCGCCUCUCUGUCCUUGGCGUCCUCCCCGGCCUCCUCCAGCGAGCGCUUCCACUCCAUCCAGAGCUCCCAGACCUCCACGUCCACCGGACACUCCCAGGCCACGGUGCAGACGGUCCCGGCGGACAGCGUGAGCUUCACCCAGCAGAUCCAGCAGCACUCGCUGCCCCGCAGUCGGAGUCGGCACUCCACCCUCCCCCCUCCGGGCUCCGCAGCCGGCAGCCUCCACGGGAGCAGCCGGAGGACUCAGCCCCCCAAGGACAGCCCUCCCCCCAGCCACUGCACCGUCAGCGCCUUGGUUCACCAGCCCGACAAGAACUCCGACGCGACCCAGAAAGGAUUCCUGCCGUGCUUUGACUAUCCCAACAAGCUGAAGCCUCAAACCGGCACUUUCAUCAAGGAGGAAAGGGCUCAGUUCGGAGCAGGCAAGUGGAACUCGGUCAUGGCCUCUCUAGGGGUGAUGCCUGGACAUGAUGGGCCAGUGAGAGCUUCCAAGAACAGGGAAAGCCCUCCGCUGGGAUACCCCCUCCAGCUCCAGAGCCCACACCAGGGCGAGGCCUGGGACGAGCCGCAGAAGAGCGGCUGUUCUCCUCCCUUCAACUUGAACUCUGACAUGUCACCUUCCAGUGCCUUACUGGAGGAUGCCAUGGUUGCCAUGACCACGAUGGACCCACAGCUCAACCUGAAGCAGGCCAUCAAGCUGCAGUUUGAAGGCCCCACCAGCGCAGCCUUAUACAAGAGAGAAACUCCAUUGUGACCCAGAGCCUGUGAGUGGACAUUUUGGAGUUCAAGGGGCCAUUUGGGGCAUGGAUAAUCGCUCUUCAGGGGCAGAUGAGAGAGGAAGGGAUCUCUCAGUCCACACCCACCCUGUACUCCCUGAGCAGACCAGAGGAAGAAUGGAGGAACUCAAAGACAUCAAAGCUGUUUACAUUCCAGCCUCCUUCCUCUGCCUGUUUUGUGUGCCGGGCAGCUGUCAGCAGACAUAUGCUUACACACGCACACACACACACACACACACACGCACACACGCACACACGCACGCACACACACACACUCACACACCAUACUUAAUCACACACACACACACUCACACACCAUACUUAAACACACACUUACACACUCACACACACACCAUACUUACUCACACACACACAAACCAAGCUUCUUAUAUGCACACUUUUUGGAGACACCCUUUCUCUCCCUCGAUCACUCAAACACAACAGACUGACAGACUCACAGAUGCCCGCUCACAGACACACAGAGAGUCUCUUGUCUGCAGUGGUGUGUUGGCAUUGUGUCCAUGAACAAGUGAAGGGGAGUGGUGAUGUCGCCCACAGCACCCAUCCUCCCUCCUGGGGCUAUUGGAACAGUAGCCAGCCAGAGACUGUUUGACAACCCCAUGAUACUCGCUUUUUCCUUGUCAAAGAAAACCCAUUAUUUUGUCACCUUUGUGUAUUGUUUCUCAAUUCACAUCACCCGGCUUGGCUUCACAGUGGGAGUGUUUGAUGGUAAACCCGGAAAACAACUUCUUUCUGAACAAAAGGAAAACUUUUCUACAUGAUUGUGUCUCACAGACAUUUGAAGAGCUGUAACAGAUUGUUCCAAAAGGGCUUUCACUGAAUGAUCAAACUGGAACACUGCAAAACUCUUCAAAUUGGAUUUGUAAGAGCUGCUUGUUGAAAUUAUUGGGACUUUUUAAAACUAUUAUUAUUCUAGUAUUAGUUCUAAUUUGUGGCCUUGACCUUUAUCAAACCUUUGAGUAUCUUGUAUUUGGACCCUGAACAUUGAUGUUAGUUGCUUUCACAAGUUUGGGCUGUGUCAACAUUUAUCUGUGGCUUCCAGCCAAUCAAAAACAGUCAACCGAAAACCAGCCUGCGAAAACAUGACCUGUAAUCAAUGACCACGUCUGAACCCUGGGUUUACAACGUAAACCAUAAAAGAUGCAGGCGUUAAAUGCACUAGCACACACUUGCAGCGUGACAGAGUUGGAUUGGAAUGGAAGCAUUAUGACUUGGACCAUAAAUGCCUAAGAUACAUUGAGAAGAGGGAGGUAUAAGUGCAUCGUCAUAAAUUUAAACCCCAUGUCUGACCUAAGUGCUUAAUUUUUUGCUGUUAUUUUUAACUUGUUAAUAUUGAAUGGAAUUCUUUCAUUAAAAUGGCAGAUGGAGCCAUAACUUAUGUUUAA